AUGGUAUCGUUUCCUCGCGCUGCCAUCAGUGGCACUGCCGGAAGGCGCCAGCGCCUUACAUCCAACUUUGUCAAGCUUCAAAGUUACCCGAAGGAAGAGGUCUUCCAGUACGAUAUUGAUAUUGCACCGGCACAGGGAGAGUUCAAGAAGCUGCCGCCAGCUGACUACAUGCGCGCGGUUUUUGACAAUGCUAUGCGCACCCACCGCACAGGCAGGCUGGGCGGAACCCCCAUGGUGUACGAUGCCCGCAAAAUUGCGUUUGCACCGAAGCGUGUGUGCGCACCCACGGAGACUCUGACUCUCGAGGUUUCACAUAUCGAUGCCGGCCGGUCGGAGCAGUUUCUGGUCAGAAUCCACGAGUCGGCUGUAAUCAACAUGAGCGUCUUGACCGAGUACAUCAACAACACCGGCGCUUUGCAUAUUCAGGAUGUUCAGCCAGCUCUCAACGCCCUCGACCUGGCCUUUGGCUCGGUUGCCCAUGGCGAGAUGGUUGGCUUUGGCAGGUCAUUCUUCACCCGCACGCAGUCGAUGCAGACGCAGCGUGGCCUGGAGCUGUGGCGCGGGUUCUCACUGAGCGUGCGCCCUGGCGAGGGCAAGCUCUACCUGAACGUUAACACUGCUGUCACCGCAAUGUACAUGCCUGGCCCGCUCAUGGCCAUUAUCGCCAGGCUGCUCGGUGUGCGCAGUGAGGGGGAUCUGGACAGAAGACUCAAUGACAUGCAGGCCCGCGAAAUUGGCUCGUAUCUCCGCGGCCUGCGCCUGCUGGUCAAGCACCGUGGCAUCAAGGGCUCGCGCAAGUUUUCCUUCAAGGGCCUGACCAAGAACCCGCUGGACAAGGAGUCUUUUGACUGGGAGGACCCGCAGCGCCCUGGCAGCGUCGAGAACAUCACUAUUGCCGAAUACUACAAGCGCCGCUAUAACCUGCGCCUGAACUACCCGCACAUGCCUGGUCUGGUUGGCCGCAGGGGCGCUGUGUUCCCCAUCGAGCUGUGCGAGGUUGCCGAGAACCAGCGCUACAAGGGCAAGCUCGACGACCAGCAGACCGCCGACAUGGUUCGCUUUGCCUGCCAGCGCCCUGGCGACAACCGCAGCCGCAUUACUGAGGUCAUGGCGCAGCUCGACUUUAACAACAACCCCGUUGUUCGCGCCUUUGGUCUGACCCUGGAGAACAAGCUUGCUGAGGUUGACGCCCGCGUGCUUCCGGCGCCCACUAUCCAGUACCAUGCGUCUUCACGCGAUGCGAGAAUCACCCCCAAUGGCGGCGCGUGGAACAUGCGCGACAAGCGUGUUGCGACCGCUGGAGUGCCGCUGGACCGCUGGGCCGUGCUCGUCCUGGCCAACCAGCGCAUGGUGCCGGCUUCCAGCGUCGAGAGGUUUGUCAGCGCCCUCGUGAACACCUGCCGCAACACGGGCUACCCGAUCCGCGAAGGCCGUCCCCCAAUUCGCUACGGAAAUCCGAACGGCGACCUGAGCCGCGAGCUGAGCGCUACGUGCGAUAUGCUGAAACUGCCCAAGAACGAGUGUGCGCAGCUGGUGCUCAUCAUCCUGCCUUCGACCAACGCCUUCACCUACCAGGCGAUCAAGAACGCUGCAUAUACCACCCACGGCAUCCAGACCCAGUGCAUGCAGUCAAGGCAUGUGCAGAAGGCGAACCCGCAGUACUGCGCCAACCUGUGCCUCAAGAUCAACGCCAAGCUAGGAGGUACCAACCAGAUGCUGCCGCCGACCAGUAUGCAGGCGAUGCUGAACAAGCAACCAACGCUCUUUCUGGGCUGUGAUGUCACGCAUCCCGCGCCCGGUGAGGGCGACCGUCCGUCGAUGGCAUCGGUUGUUGGCUCGAUCGACUUCAUGGGCCUGCGCUAUGCGGCCACGCUGAUCCAGCUGCCAUCGCGCCAGGAGAUGGUGACGAAGCUUCAGGAAGCGAUCGUGCGCCACCUGAAGCUGUUCUACAAGUAUACAAAGACCAAGCCCAAGCGGAUUAUCUUCUACCGCGACGGCGUCAGCGAGACCCAGUUCGCCCAGGUGAAGGACCGCGAAAUCAUCGAGAUCAGCCGCGCUUGUGCGUCGCUUGAGCCUGGCUACCAACCUGAGGUCACCUUUUUGGCAGUUCUGAAGCGCCACAACACACGCUUCUUCCCAAUGGGCCGCGAUGGCGACCGCACCGGAAACUGCGUUCCGGGAACCGUAGUUGACUCGCAGGUGACGCUGCCGUCGAUGACCGACUUUUACCUGUUUGCCCAUGCGGCCAUUCAGGGCACGUCGCGCCCGACGCACUACUAUGUUUUGCACGAUGAUUCAAGGUUCUCCCAGGACGAGCUGCAGCAGCUGACGUACCACCUGUGCUACACCUACGCCAUCUGCACGCGCUCGGUGUCGCUUGUCCCGCCCGUGUACUAUGCCCACCGUGUCGCCGACCGUGCCCGCUGCCACUUUGCCGACAUGGGUGUUGCCUUUGAGGAGGCUACAUCGUCAUCGAGCGGCUAUUACGGCGGCGCUGGCACCAGGACCGGUGCCAGCAUGGCCCGUAAUGACCCCAGUCAGAUCACCAAGAUUGUACGCACUCACCCGCGUCUUGAUGAGUCUAUGUACUUCAUGUAA